GAGUUUACGAUAUUUGAUGAGUGGAAACGACGUCGUUAGAAGUUUUAAACCGGGAAGAUGAAUAAAAAGGCGCGGGAAAAAUCAAGACUGCAUCUACCAUUUUAGCUCCAAACAGAGACGAGUAUCAUCAUCUCCUAUAACCAUAAAGAACACUCCUUUUAUCUCCACUGAGAUGAAGAAACGCAUAACAAUGGAAUCGUAGUUUUGUCCUUAGAUCAUUAAAAGCACCCAAAGACCGAAACUUGAAGAAGGAUAUGGAAUCUGAUUAAGCCUUUUUGUGUAGAUGAGGAAAAAUAAAACGCCUUUGUGAAACCAAGCAGAGAUGAACUCGGGAACGGAUGAAGCUAACAUGGUGUCGUCCCAUCAUUACUCAUUCAUUAGCUACCAAGACUGAUCACUGCUCUUUGUGUCUUCGCCAACACACGACAGCGAAUCUGACUUUUCUUUUUUUUUUUUUUUUUGAAGAACAAAUCUGACUUUUCUUCUUCCUGUUUUUUUUUCCGAGAGUGAGGUAGAUAGAUACGGUCCGGAGUAAAAAUAGUGCUACCUCUUCAUCACAUGUUCUUCAUGUGUAUGUGGUAAAAGGCUACCAUAUAUUUGGAGCAUCCCAUGUACAUGUAACUUGAAAAUAGUUUUUUAUAAUAAUCCGUAUUAUAUUUUCUUGUUUUUUGUAUUUUCUACUUAUUGUUUUACCCAAUGUUAGCCCUUGUACAUGUUACUUGGAAAUAGUUUAUAACAUGCCAAUUCUGAAUAUAUUUUUUUGGGGAGAAUCCCUUGUACAUGUUACUUGAAAAUAGGUUGUACACAACUCUCUCUUCUUUUUUUGUUCAAUCUUUCAUUACUUAAAAUAAAAGUCACAAAACGCGCACAGCAUUCCUCAACAGCCACAGAUGAUUCCAACGUUUCUCAAUUCUCUCUUGCUCUGUUUUAUGUGUCCAAUGUUUUCACUUUACAAGUUUGUCAUGGCCAGAGCAACCUGAGCUGCGAAAUUACAAUGUCGCAUUCAUAUCUGAAUCAAUGCCAUAUUACUAGCCCGUUAGUGGACGACCCAAGAGUCAUUUAUAUAAAUAGAAUAAUUUACAGAAAAGAAUAAAUAAUCUUGGUGGCACCGACAGCCACCAAAUGUCCAACCACUACUCCCAUGUAACCAUCAUAACAAAACACCAAAGAAGAUCUUCCUUCUUUCAUUGUAUGGGAACAAAAAAACAAUUAGAAGAUAAUAGAGAUGCUAUCACGAGUCAAAAGAAUCAAAUGGUCAUGCUAUCAAAAUUAUAUAAAACCAUGUGGUAAUGAAAGAAACAUAGAUAUUUUCCACAGGGAAAAAGAGUUCUGUAAUGACGAUAGGUGCGUUUGUAGUAAAUUAAUGACGAAAGUGAUUGUUGCAAUCGAGAUUAUAAAACAUGUUAAUUCCAUAUUUAGAUGAAUUUUAUUAGAGAAAAAUAACAUUUUUCUAUAGCAUUCAUCUAUUUUAAAGAUAUUUUCCUUAGCAUUUAUAUAAAAUAACAUUUUAUAUAGCUUACAUAUGUUAAGAAAACUUUCAUCCGUUUCUAAAUUUCUCUAAUUCCGAAAAAAUAGAUGUAAAUUGGAAAUGAUGUGACUGUUGUUUUUAUUUCUGGUUUUUGUUAAUUUCACCUUAAACAAAUACAGUAUAUAUUUUUGACUUUACUCGUCGGAAAAAAAAUUGGAAGACAAAACUCAAGUUAGCGAGAAGCACUUUCCAUUAUUAUCUCUCUUUCCCCACCAAUUUCAUAUCGCAAUAAUAAUAAUGUUCAAUAAUGAUACCACUAUCGGCGCCGGAGCCGUCGUCCCGACUCCAUCUGCUACAGUUCCAUCCACCAUCUUCCCCGGCACAACCAUCACUUCCAACUCCACCUUCAUCAUCAUCGGACCUCCUCCACCGUUCCCAGCACCUCCUCGGAGCAUCGACUUCACUCCUAUCAAACUAAUAUUCGCCGUCAUAGCAAUCGUCGCCGUUCCCGCCUUAGUUUACUCUCUUUUCUUCACCGCCCCAUGUUCUUCCCGCCGCCGCAACUCCUCUUCCUCCUCCCGCCGUAGCAGCAGCUCUUCCUCCGACGACCCACCUCAUGCAACCGUGGAUAUCGCACCGGCCGAGAAAGACGCCGCCACCGUCGUCGCGCCUGAUGUCGGAAAGAAGUUCAAGAAAGAGACUCAUUCUGAGGAGAUCGGUAACGAAUGCACCGUGUGUAAGUCGGUGCUCGCCGACGGCGAAGAGAUCCGACAACUAAGCGCGUGUAAGCACGAGUUCCACGUGUCUUGUAUCGAGGAGUGGCUCCAAACUCGUUCCAAUUGUCCUAAUUGCAGAGCAGACGUCCCCGUUAAACCGACUGAAGCCGACGCUAACGUUAACGGUAACGUUAACGUGAAUCGCAGCGGUGGCGGAAACCGCCGAGUUUCAGCGACCAAUAGAGAUGACGAUUGGCGUCAAGGUCUACCUGAUGCUUCUAGUCUAGUUUGAUUCAUUUUUUAUAUUGUAAUUUGUUUUUUUCGAUUUCAUGAUUUUUUUUUUUUUGGUAUAAUGAUUUUAUAUUUAUUGUGGCUGUAAACAAAUUUACGUUAAAUCUAAAAAAUAUGAGUUCGUUAAUUUAAUUAUUUUUGGUUGCUUCGUAACUCCGUAAGCAACAGUGUGUCUAAGAUGUGACGUUGACUCUCGACAACUCACAGAAACGCACUACAGCAUGCUCAUCCUACGGCGUGUGAAGAUCCCAUGACAAUCGUGCGGUUCAUAUUCUUCCACGAAAAACAAUCGAACUUUCGUCUUAUUCCCGGCGAUUUAAGCGCUAGGCGUUAUCCUUUAGUCCUCGUGGGAUUAACUUUAACACUAACCUACCGGAAACCUCGGCCGGGCCUGACAAUUUCGGGUUCAGAACCAAAAUUUUUUUUUGAUCCAUGAUCUAAAUAAACAUAAAAAUAUUAAAAGGUGUUUUCAUGUAAUUUGAACUCGUAACCUCCUGCUUUAAUAUACUUAGCUUUUACCACCAAAAUUAGAGAGAAACUUCGCUUAUACUAGUCCCCUAAAGUAAAUAUUUUCUUAUCGACCCCAAAGUCAAUGCUUGAUUUGUUUGGUAUCAGGCACGACCCUGCCGGAAACCAUCCGGUGCUUCCUCUGGUUUAAUACUAACUAUGUUUAAUGUCAAGUGGCGGGUGGCGCUUAGAGUUUUAUGUUUUUAAACAUGCGUGGCCAUGUGACAUUGGUCUGUAAUUUCUAUUGCGAACGAUUGAGUUUAUUUCACGCCGAAAAACAAUUAUUUUAUAGGAUUUGGUCCACAGAAUAUCUUCGAAUUAUUAAAAAAAAAAUCAUAUGAACUUUCUUCCAGAUCCAUUGUGCUUAUACUUAGGAGUAUCUAUGAAAUUAUAGAAACCUUCACCGAAAUCAUAUACAAUAAAACCUCUAUAAAUUAAUAAUGUUGGGACACUAAAAUUUUAUUAAUUUAUAGAGAUAUUAAUUUAUAAAAGUUUCCUUUUUUAGGAUUUUUAAGAUUUUUUUCUAUUUUAAUUAUUUUUUAUUAAUAAAAUAUUUGAUUUUACCGUAUAUAAAUUAUUUAAAUUUUAUAAAAUUGACUUUCAUAUUAUUUUAUUAUCUUAUUUGGUGUAUAUUGUUAUGUUCCAUAGAAUUGUUAUGUGGUUUUCAAUAUAAUUUUACUAAAUAUUAUAAAAAUAUUAAGAAAAAUAAAAGUAUUUUCAUUGUAAAUAUAAAACCAACAAUAUAAUGUUUAGUUUAUACUUAUAUAAAUUAUAUAUAGAGAUAUAUUAUUAAUUUAUGAUUUUAAUGGGACUAUAUAUUUAGAUGGAGGUUUUAAAAAUAUUAUCUCUUUUUUAUUAUUUGAGGUGCAUUUUUAUAAAUAAACUUCACCCUCAUGUAUGAUUAACAACUUUGUCAUUUCUUAGGUGUCAACACCACAAUGCACCUCACAUCCUUUAUUGAAUAAACCUUUAUUGACUAGAUUAAUUACAUGUCAUGCCAUUGCCAAAUAAACCUACAAAGUCAUUAUAUUAUAUGUAACAUUUCAAAUAUAUGGUAAAGACGUUAUGGAUAGUAUAAUUUCGGAGAUUUGAUUAGCCUUCUUACCUUAUUUCAUUCAUUUUAUCACAGCAUUUUUGAUAUUGUGAGAAGUACUAUACAGUUGUAUCUCAUUAAUUUUUACCAAGACAAACCUACUUUCGAAGAACUAAAACUGAUAUGAUAAUAAUUUUUUAAUAAAAAUUUAAUACUUUCAACCAUACGUAAGUGUGUGUAAUUUUAGCUAUAGGUUUGAAAAAAAUAUUUAGAACAACUCCAAUGACAUCAAAUAAUUUUUUGGUGUAAUAUUUUAUUUUUAUAUUGUUUGUUAAAUAUGUAAUCAUACUACAAUAUUAUAUAGUAUUUAAUUGUAAGUUUUUU